GCUCUAAUUGUUUAUUUUCAAAUCGAAACUCAAACAAAUCAAAGACUUCAUUUUUUUCUUUCCGAUUUCUUAAUUUUCCGGAAAAAUGUCGACGGGGCUAGGAAAAUGCUGCAAAGUCCGCCAUAUUGUGAGGCUUCGCCAAAUGCUGCGGCGGUGGAGGAACAAGGCCCGCAUGUCGGCCGCUCGCAUCCCGUCCGAUGUACCGGCUGGACACGUGGCGGUAUACGUUGGGACGAGUUGCAAGAGAUUCGUGGUGCGGUUGACGUACAUGAACCAUCCCGUCUUCAAGAAGCUCCUUAUACGAGCCGAAGAAGAGUACGGCUUCACUAACCAAGGUCCAUUGUCGAUCCCGUGCGACGAGUCCGUCUUCGAAGAAGUGAUCCGAUUUAUUUCCCGUUCGGAUUCGGGUCACUCCGGUAGGUUCGUAAACAUCGAGGACUUCAAAGGGCACUGCCAUUUGUGGACUGAAUCUCGACCGUUGCUUCAUCAUGGGUUCGCUGACAAAACAAUCUGGUAAUUCAGAAAAACAGAAGGGGAAGGCUCUGAUUCUUACCCGGGCUUUUUACUAGUUCUGAGUUAGCUCGAGUGAACAGUUUAUCACUCAUUGUUGAAACACGUGAGUCGGUCGAGUUGAUGAGGUGGUUACUAAUUCAUAGUGGGGGGUUUACUAUUUCUUUUAGUUGUUUGCAAUUGGUGAGGAUGGGGUCAUUAUGAACUGAGUCCAUUAUUUGAUAGUUCCGAGAAUGCUUGGAGAUGGCAGAGAAAGGCGGGGAGUUAUCCACCGAGUCGUCCCGGGUUCGAAUCGGAACGGAGGCAGAGCAAAAAUGGCCGAGACUAUUGAACUCGUGAAGAAGACAAGAACAAGUGGGUUUUCAUUAAAAAUCACUGCUGUAAAUUCUGUGGUUUAUUUGAUUGAUGAAGGGGGAAA